GUUAAGGGGGUAGCCAUUUUUGUCCGAUUUCAUUUCUUUUCGUCGAUAGAAUCGGCAAAAUGGCUGGUGAAGAGAGUAAUAACGAGAAAGACUCUUGUCCUCUUCAAUAUUGUGAAUUUGAUUUGGUCGAUCAUGCUCAAUUGUGUCCUUUCUACACUUCACUUCUGACAAGGUCAGUAGAUGAAUCCAUCGCCCUCGAGGAGCUCGACCUGCUUACUAGCGAUCUAGAAACAUUGCUUGCCGCAUGUAAUCGCCGCAUGAGAUUGCUUGAAGGGGAAACUAAAGUCCUCGUAGACUGGGCAGAGAAAAAGGAUAAGAAAAUGGUUCGCCAAAAAGAACUUGAAAUAUUAAAUUCACUCACUUACAAGCGCAGUAAAGCGAUUACUGCAGACGACAGCAGGGGGUCAAAAAAACAAAAACUMGACGAUUCCAAGACUAGCUCGCAAGGAAGAAAGAAAGGUCUUGGAAAAGAGGUUGGCGUUGAUGAUGAUACUUACUCUUUAACAUCUAAAAGUAAAGCAGAUGCGCCUAAUAGAUUCUGGGCAGCGGUUGAGCCGUAUUGUUCUGAUUUGACAUUAGAAGAUGCAAAAUUCUUAGAAGAUUCAAUMAAAUCAGCUGAUAAUGAAGAGGAAUGGUCUAAAAUUCCAACACUAGGAAAACAUUACAGUGAAAAAUGGGCACAAGAGGAUUUAAUAGAAGAACAAUUAGARGGAAUUAAAUUGAAUGAGAAACGGAGAGGUGCACUUUCUAAUUCAAGUGAAAACAACAAAUCUGAACAAGUUUCUGCAAUACUCAAGAAGACAGAAAACUCAUCUUUGCAAACAGAAGAAGAUUCAUGUCCAUUUGGGCCAUUGACCCAAAGACUAGUGUCAGCAUUGAUUGAAGAGAAUAUCAUAGCACCAAUGGACCAAAGCAUACUUGCAAAUAUGAAAUCAGGUGAGACURCAGCCACAAGAAGUGGAGGUGCCACUUCAAGAACACCUGUAAAAGCCCCCCAUGUUCCUCACACAAGGACUCUAGAAGCACGGAUCAGAGAGGAGCUUGUAUUUCAAGGUUUGAUUGAUGAAGAUCAUGGUGAAGAAGAAGAUGAUGAAGUGCUUUCAGAACUUAAAAAACACCAAACUGAGUUGAAAACACUUGUUUCAAAGAAUAAACAAGCUAAACAAGACUUACUGAAACUUGUUCAAGAUGAAAUGCGCAGGCAAGAAUUACGUCAUCGAUGCAGACUUGUUGAUGCAGAAAUAAUGGAAAAUUUUAGGAAAAUAUCAGCCUGCAAGCAGAAAAGGAAGUCACCAACAAAAAAGGAAAAAGAAGCAGCAUGGAAAGCGCUGAGAGAAAGAGAAGCAAUAUAUAGAGUYUUAGAUAAUAAUUAGCUUAUGGUUGACUCCAUAUCUAUACAAUGGUAGAAUAUAAUUAUCCAGGAUUGAUUAUCAGGUCAAAAUCAGUUAUUUUUCUAAGACUUGUCUAUAUUAUGCUGUGGAUUAUAARAAGUUGUAAAAAGUCAAAAAACACUGUAAUACAUAAUACACUUUAAUUCUAUUUAUUAUUCUCACUUUAUGUAUGACCAUUUGAAUACCUAUUUCUUACUGAAUGAUUGAAUAUCAAUAAAAUCACAUACAUGAUAUUGAACUUUUACAUG